UCCGGCAGAUGACUGAAAAGGAAGUGGAGCCGCGCACGCGCGCUGCCUUCUCGUACACUGAGGCUCCAACAUGGAGGUGUUUGUUAACGCUCCGAGGUUCAGGUGUAACCUGGUGUUUCCGGACGGUUCUGUGGUCGGAGACGUUCUGACCCGGUUCAUCCAGACACAGGGAGUUUCCUCUGAGGAUUUCUACGUGGUCAGAAACGGUCAUCGGUCGGAUCUAGAGGAUCCUCUGCAGCAUGGAGCCAUCUAUCACCUGGAGCCCCGCCUCUGUGGAGGGAAGGGAGGGUUCGGCUCGAUGCUCCGAGCUCUCGGCGCUCAGAUCGAGAAGACGACGAACCGCGAAGCCUGCAGAGAUCUGAGCGGACGGCGUCUCCGAGAUGUAAACCAUGAGAAAGAGAUGGCGGAGUGGCUGAAGAAGCAGGCGGAGCGUGAGGCGGAGAAGGAGCAGCGUCGUCUGGAGCGUCUGCAGAGGAAACUGUCUGAACCCAAACACCAGUUCACUGACCCAGAGUACCAGCAGCAGUGCCAUGACCUGUCGGAGAGACUCGAGGAUUCGGUGCUCAAAGGUCUGCAGGCGUCGUCCAGCGGUCUGGUGAAGGUCGACGACGUCUCGGCAGCAAAGAGACCAAACUCAGAUCCCAGCGAAGAGCCGGAGAAGAAGAAGAAGAAGAUGACAAAGACGCCAGCAGCUUGUUUCUGGACGGGGGUGGGGGAGCUGGACGAGCUGAUGAGCUCAGAGGAUGACGACGAGUCUCCGUCCACUUCCUCCUCUAGCUGUGGAGCUGUCACUGUGACAACGCGGAGAGAGGAGGUGGAGCCUAUGCAGAGCAGCAGCUCAUCCUCAGACAACCAGGAAUCUCCUGAGACCUCCACAGACCAGACCCUCAGACCCUCAGAGGACCAGAAGCCUCCUGAGUCCUCCACAGACCAGACCCUCAGACCCUCAGAGGACCAGAAACCUCCUGAGUCCUCCAGAGCAUCAGUGGAGUCCAGCUGUCAGGCUCAGCAGCAGCAGCGUCGCUCUGCAGUGGAUCUGUCCUCGGUGUCGUCGGCUGAUCAGCUGGAGUCUCUGGGUCUGGAUGUCCUAAAGGUGGAACUGAUGUCUCGGGGGUUGAAAUGUGGGGGGACGCUGUUGGAGCGCGCCGCUCGACUCUUCUCAGUCAGAGGACUGAGACCGGAUCAGAUUGACCCGGCUCUGCUCGCCAAACCAGGCAAGGCCAAGAGGAAGUGAAGAAGUCAGAGGUCAUUAGAUUAAAGGAACAGUUGGGUGGUUCUCACUCAGAGGGUUUUUAUUUUUGUGUGAACACUGUGGUUUUCUCAUGUUGUUUUUUUCUUCAGAAAGCUCUGGAAAACGUCAGUAAGUGGGCACUGAGUGAAGCUCAACUUUCAAACUUAGAUUUAGUCUUUUUGAAGUUUUACGUCCACAUUCUGUGUUUUCCAGACCUGAGCUGAGGAGGACUGAGAUGUGGUUGAGUACAGUUAAAGUCAAUAAGUGAACCUUUGAGUAAAGUCAUCAACCAGGCAGAGAUUUUACAGCUAAACUUUAUUUAGUUAAAGACUCUGAGUUUGUUUGUGGAUCAGAAGCUGCUUUGUACCUGUUGAGUUUCUGUCAAACUGUUUAAAGCUUUUAUUAAAACGUCUUAAACCAAAACAA